AACCUGCUGAGGUAGCACAGUUUGGAAACGAAGUCUGAUACUUGAUAGUAACUUGAUUAAAUAAAAUAAUGCAAGAGGAUAAUAGUUAACAAAGUACAGAAAUACAAUUAGAACACAGGGCCCGAAAGCCAGUCAGCACCAUGUCAGAUGAGUGUGCUUUAGUGAUCCACAUAGUCUCAAUUAAAUAUCUUGUUAAAUUAAAAAAAAAAUAAAACAAGAGUUUUGGGUCUCCCUUCGAUUAAUCCUGAGGAUCUGCUGUCAGUCCACAUUAACAAGGCCACUCAAUUCAAACGCAUACCCCGCGUGACCUGAACAGAUAUGGAAAACCUGCCAGAUUAAGGAUUUUUUUUUCAAGAAACUGCUGCAUCCUGCCAGAUUAUGUGAGAUUGGAAAAUGAGAUCAAUGUCGUCUGUUGUUAAACAAAAGGUUUAAACAGAAGAGUUGCUUAAAACAUUUAAAUGUGAUUAGUGUAUGCGGUUCUUAUAUUUUAAACACGCAAUUUUAAAGAAAAUGUUUUUGUUUUUUUGCGACAAAUUGGAAAUGAUGGAUUAAACGCAGACGAAGUGUUUUCAUCAUUUACAGUAAAUUUUAAAGCGUUCCAUUAAAACGCGUCUUUCUCUCCUUUCUGAAGUUAAACGGUCCCUCUAAUCCCUGUUUCCUUUGGAUCGUGGAGUUUCUGCCCUGUCCUCCUGGCCCGAGGUGACCCGAUCCGGGCCGAGGUGAGUCGAUCCGGUCCGACUCGUUACCUUAUUAAAGGGAAGCAGAUUAAAGAUCAAACGCCGCUGUCAGCUCGCGUUCGCGGAGAUGAGAGACAGAAAUGAGUUGUGACAAGUCCCGUGGUUCGAGCUGAGCCGUGAUGCGUCAACCUGGUGAAUCACCGCAGAGGAGGAGAACAGGGGAAGAAGAGGAGACAGGGAUGGAAAAGAGGGGAGGAAUGGGAGAAAAAGAGGAGGAGGAGGAGGUACAAAAAGAGCUCCGCCGUCAUUCCGUCUGUCACACAGACCACACAAGUCAGAGGAUAAAUUUAAACGACGUCCUGAGGAAGGUUACUCUCAAAUUUAUUUUUCUUUUUUUUUAUUUUGAACAAAAAAGUUCGUUCAUCCUGUAAAGACCGAGUCACCACAUCACCUGUGUUAAAAAGUUACGAAUUUCUUUUUAGUUGAGAUUGGAAUUAACGGUUCUGGAGACCAUGAGAAGCUUUGGUAAAGUCAAUCAAAUGAUCACGUUUCUGCUGGCUGCUGCUGUGUCGCUGGCUGCAGAGCCUUCCCACACCCUGGCCAGUGAGAGAAGUUCAAUAGAGAGCACAUAUGAGCUGACCAAGUACCUGGAGUAUCAGCUGAAGGAAAUCAAAGACGUAUAUCUGACCUAUCUCGGACCACCGUUCAACGAGAAAGACUUCACUCCUCCUCGGCCCAACAGCACGGCUCUGACUCUGCCAAGUGCUGCUACCAAAGUCAAACAGUGGCACGAACUGGAGAACCAGGCCCGCUUGGUUCAGAACCAAAGGGCUUACUCCAUCCUGCUGGCAGCCGUUAGGGAGCUGGCCCGGUCCACUCUCUGCCCCUCUCUUAAGAUCUCCCUGCUCCACUUCUGCACCGGUCUGGAUGGACUCCUGGGCUCCAUCUCUGCCCUGAUGACCUCCCUUGGGUACUCAUCUCCUCCCCAGUCUGUAAACGUGGGAGGAAACGCCGGUGAGAGGCAUUCCCUACAGAGGGGGCCGGGAGCAAUCCAGCCUGCUUCACUCAUGAGCCCGAGGCCGUACAGAUCCAUUUCCAGGUCCGGUCAGCGUAGCAGCCAAAGGAGGAGUGGGACGAAGGGGACCAGAGGAGAGAGGGAGGAUAGCAUCAGCGUGGGCGCGAUGGACAAAAGGAGAGGGAGAGACGGGAGGAGGUCCGAGCCUACCACCCCACAGAGGAGUGGUAGGCUGAAGGGAAAAGGAGAACGAGUGAGAAGAGAGAAGAGGGAAGAGCUGGCUUGGACGCUGGAAGAGGAGCAGCACAGACAAGUGGAAGGCAAGGGGAGGAGGAGAUUGUUGAAUAUCGAGGAGGAUGAGGGCGAGAAGGACAGAGAGCAUGAGAUCAAGGUUGAAUUGUCGUAUUUGAGUUCCGGAGGAGUCAUAACUCAGAAGGAAACCUACAACAAUCAGUACAAAUUCAACUCGAAGUCACACAACCGGGACACGCUCCAAGGAGACGGCUUCUCUCUGGGAAGAAACACAGAACUCAUUCAUCAGGAGAAGCAGACAAAUAUAGACUCCUCCUCAUCCUCCUUCGAUGUACACCAUCGGCCUCCUCGCUCCCUCCUCCCCCCUACCCUACCACCUCCUCUGUCCACCCUCUCCCUCCUGUACCAGUUAGAAGCAGGUGAGGAGCACACUCUCCUCCCUCAGACUGUCCCACCCUCUUUACAAAGGAGCACCUCACUCUUAUCACCUCCCUUGAGCCCACUCCUGUCCUCGUCCACCACCUCCGCUUCCUCCUCGCUCCUGUCGGUGCGACCAACAAUGAACGAUUUUUCCAGGAAGGUGGAGGGGUUCUGGAUACUGAGAGAGCUGCAGAGCUGGCUGGUGCGGUCGGCGAAGGAGUUCAGCUGUCUGAAGAAGGCAAUCAGAGGCUGAAACCUUCGGACAAAACUGGACACAGACACGAAAUCUGUUGUUUCCACCAUGUUUGGGAGGAGAAAAAGAUAAAACUAAGCCCAUUACUGCAUUCAUUCCUAACACACUCAUUCAUCCUCUACUGGAAUUGGUAGAUGAAGGACCCGGCGGGUCACCAGACUAGUUACUGGAAUAUAAAACACACAAAGCCGCCACAUUAGCUGUCACUGAUGCACAUAGCAGGUCAUUCAGCCAGCCGGCUCGGAGUUUCCGGCCUUCGCAGCUCAUAGAUCAACACAAAUGCUGCUGUAGGUGGUUAGACUCAACCAGCCCAACCAGACACACAGUGGAGCCAUUCAAUGCAAACCAGUUCAGUGACCUCACUUUUGUGAAUCAGCAAACAUUCAUUUUCUCUAGAGGAGGAAAAAAACGUGAAUGGGUAAAAAGACAAAAGAGAAGGAAAAUGCCCAGAGGGACGGUGGAGGCACGGGGUGCGUGGGUGGGUGAGGGCAUGACUCAGGGGCGGACUGCUGGAAAUAACCAGCCGGCGGAUAUUGCUGAGUAAUUAUUAAUAAAACACUCGGUUACAGUAACUGACCAGGCGGACACUGCUGGGUAUUCCAACACGCUGCUGGUGGCUGUUUGGGCUCCAGAGCUCACAACGUCAAUUAACAACAAAUUUUUGCCACACCUGUUGAAAUUCAUAAGUAGGAAAAAGCACAGUUCACUUUUCUGUGGUGAGCUAAUUUUAAAGAUAGUUGACUUAAUUCUUACUGAGAACUAAGUACCUGUCAGCUUAAACAAACUAACAAACAAAAAAAAAAACACCAAAGUCCUGUCAUGUCUUAGCUGUGUGAUUAGGAACUAUUGAAUUAUUUAUAGAUAGAUAGAAAAUGAUAGUUGUCAUUUGACAAACCACAAACAACAAAAUCUCCCCACCUGUUCUUCUAAACUUACAUUUUAACUCAUUUGUUCAUGAUAGAUGGGACAAAAGUUGUCAAGUUUAAGAAAGGUAAAUCUCAUCACUAUCUGCUAUUUGCUAAUAAUCUAGCUCACGGCCCCGUAGACGUUUGUUGUUGUGCAUUCUGGUGGACACUCAAAGCUGCAACAUUCCUCUAAAACCACCUGUUUUACGUUUUGUAACAACGUCUGUGCUUCUGAGCUAAUGCAAACAAAUUUUCAGCAAUUAGACAGGGCCAGGUGUGCCUGCUAAUGAACGUGUAACCAACUUUAUUUCUGAUCAGAUUUGGUGUCCUGUGCCAGUCCGAUUAGGCCAACAAAUUCACGACUCAGUGAUGGGACCAUUUUCAUGACCCAACCAGCUGUUUGACUGAUGUGCAACAAACUCACUCCUCAUUGUCACCAUCCCAAAAGUCAAAUACAAAAAGAGUUGGUACACACACAGAAAUAACUGUGAGCGGACAGAUGUGAAUGUGUCCUCAGUGCCUUACACCAGUAGUUGCUGCUGCAAACAUGAGAUUUAUUAAUUUAUGCCCAUGGUGACCAGGAAGGGUCACAACAACCACGUUCAGUAGUGUGAUGUUUCACUGAAGUGUUGAACCAUUCCUUCUCUGUUCCAAACCCAGACAGUUCUCCUCACUCAUGAGGUCAAAUACUUGUUCAGAGUAAACGUGUUUCAUGUGAAAUGUGCCGGAUGAGAUGACCAAAGGUUAUGGACCAUACUGACAUUAUUUAUUGAACAAUUUAUUGUUUAUUUAUUUUUCCAGAUUGAAAAUACUGUACUGUAACUCGAGAGAGAAUAAAUACUAGCUUUUGUACACAGCUUGGUGUCGCUGGUCCUUCGGGAGGCUGUUUUGACUCAGAAUGAAGAAAUGCACUUUUGUUUUAGUUUUAUGGAGAUGGCUUCAGGUGAUUGACGCUUGGGGAGAGGACUUCGAUAUCGGGGCGUUUCCUAACGAACAAAGGCCAGCUCACAUUUGUGGAGAGGUAGGGGUUUUAUUUGUCUGUCCGGGUGAAAAUUUACGAUCUUCUUCUUUUCAUCGUUCUCUUUCCACCCCCCAGUAGACUUUAGUUUCUUAUCACACUCUCUCACGAGGCUCCUCUUCCCUCCAGAGGACAGGUACAAACACACCUUGAUGGUCCCACCUCUCUUGUUGUGUUUAUUUAGUGUUCUUAUUCUGUUACCACCUCUGCUUCUUAUCCCUCAUUCCUAGUCUCCAGUCUUUUAUCGUCCUAGCACCUGUUACCUGUCUCCUUGUUAUCAUUACGAUUCUUCCUACAGGCUUUACAGUCUCGUCGUCUUGACCGUGGGCCAAAUAA